AUGGCACUUGAUCGUACAGAUAUCGACGAAUACUAUGACAAACUGGGAACCAUUCAGCAAUUCGCCACUGCAGCUGCGGCUGAACAUGAUUUCAGGGAGCAGCUGGAGUACACCCAAGAGCUUCAGAAUGCUGCUUGGGAUCUGAGGCGUUUCGGGGGUUCUGCGGAAGCAUUUCGUUGGCCAGUGAACGAGGAUCCUCCAGCGUCAGUGCGCCAACUCUUCGAGCACCUCGCCGAAGAAGCGAGCGAACCUGUCGCGGAGCCUUGGCGGAUCCUGCGGCAGGCGCGCGACAUGUGGACCGGUGCGGCCCAUGCUCAAUUGAUGCUAGAGGAGCAGUUCUCUGAAAGCGAGGCUUCAUCAACAUCAACACUCCCAGGCCCAUUCCAGAUUGAGACGACCACAGCGGGCCCAACGAGCCUACACCUGCGAGCAAGUUCGCUUGCAGAGUCUCAACUUGGGGAUGUCACAGAGAUGGAUUCGACCUCAUUUCGUGCAGUUGAAGAGCUUGAGUCCUUCUUCCUGAGUUCAAUGCAGCGCUUGGAGUUCUAUUGCAACCUGUGGCUGGCUGGAAAGGAGGUUUGUCCUUGGAUGCAUGAACUCAAGGAUGUUCGACAACGUCCGGGUUACUGGGUUUGUGAGAACUGCAACAAUGAAUUCGCAGAAUCUGAGUCGGGCCUUCACUGCACCUAUUGCUGCUGGGAUGUGUGCAAGGACUGCAGGCAAAAAACACUGCAACAAUUUGAGCGAUGCCCUUAA